AGACCGACUUUAUUUUUGACAAAAACUAAGGGUAACUGGGAAAGAGGAUUCAGCUAGAACCCUAAAUAGAUCGAAUCGAAGCACCUCGGAAAUGGAGAUGCAAAGUGAAUUCGAUCGUCUCCUGUUCUUCGAACACGCUCGUAAGAGUGCUGAAACCACCUAUGCUCAGAAUCCCCUUGAUGCUGAUAAUUUGACGAGAUGGGGAGGUGCAUUGUUGGAACUAUCACAGUUUCAGCCUGUAGCCGAAUCUAAACAGAUGAUUUCUGAUGCAACCUCAAAGUUGGAGGAGGCAUUGACUGUUAACCCUGAAAAGCAUGAUGCGCUUUGGUGUUUGGGGAAUGCGCAUACAUCUCAUGCUUUUUUAACUCCGGAUAUAGAUGAGGCUAAGGUUUACUUUGAAAAAGCAACUCAGUGCUUUCAGCAGGCAUUUGAUGCGGAUCCGUCAAAUGAGCUUUACCGCAAAUCUUUGGAAGUUACUGCUAAGGCUCCAGAAUUGCACAUGGAAAUCCACAGACACGGUCCCAUUCAACAAACUAUGGCACCGGAACCUUCAACAUCGACAAGCACAAAGAGUUCAAAAAAGAAGAAGAGCAGUGAUCUCAAGUAUGACAUUUUUGGAUGGGUCAUACUUGCUGUUGGUAUCGUUGCAUGGGUGGGAUUCGCAAAAUCUAAUAUGCCUCCACCGCCACCCCCGUCUCCACAAUGAAAGCCAUAAUACAGCUUUACUGGUGAAGAUACUUUAUUAGAGUUUUUCCUUUGCAUAAACAGGACGGUAGGCAUUCAUGCCUGUCAUUUAGCUAGUUACUGAAACUUAAAAACUUUUUUUCUGGUGAAACUUUAAAGACUUUUUCUGGUGUAAUAGAUCAAAUAAGACCGAUUUUCUUUUUAUCUCUCGAUAUUUCUUAUGGAGUUCAGUUUUGACUUAAUUCAUUAUAAUUUUAUGCAAAUUAGUCUA